UGCACACAGAGUGCAGCGAGGACCACCGACCUGUUCUUCAUCCAUUUCCAUCCUUUUCAUCACAUAAGUUUAUACACAGGACGCCACCAUGGAGGACUAUCACAAACCAGAUAAACAAACACUGCAAGAGCUGAGAAACAUCGCGAACCGACUCCGAAUCAAUUCCAUAAAGGCGACCACUGCAGCUGGCAGCGGACACCCAACAUCAUGUUGCAGUGCAGCAGAGAUCAUGUCUGUGGUCUUCUUUCACACCAUGAAAUACAAACCUGAUGACCCACGUAAUCCCAGCUAUGACCGCUUUGUUCUGUCCAAGGGUCAUGCUGCUCCAGUGCUCUAUGCCGCCUGGGCAGAAGCAGGUUCCCUCCAAGAAAGUGAGCUGCUUAACCUCCGAAAAAUUGACUCCAUCCUGGAGGGCCACCCAGUUCCAAAACAGCCAUUUGUGGACGUGGCCACAGGAUCUCUUGGGCAAGGACUUGGUGCUGCAUGUGGGAUGGCCUAUACUGGAAAAUAUUUUGACAAGGCGAGUUACCGUGUGUACUGCCUGCUCGGGGACGGUGAGCUGUCUGAGGGCUCAGUGUGGGAGGCCAUGGCCUUUGCUUCCUUCUAUAAGUUGAACAAUUUGGUAGCCAUUCUGGACAUCAACCGACUUGGCCAGAGCGACCCUGCACCCCUGCAGCACAAGGUGGAGAAGUACAGGGAACGCUGCCAGGCCUUCGGAUGGCAUGCUGUCAUUGUGGAUGGCCACAGUGUGGAGGAGCUUUGCAAGGCUCUGUGUCAACCCCAUGACCAGCCUACUGCCAUUGUUGCCCAAACCAUUAAGGGCAAAGGCAUUCCAGACACAGAAGAUAAGAUGGGUUGGCAUGGUAAACCCCUGCCUAAGGACAUGGCUGAGAGUGUAAUAAAGGACCUACAAAGUCAGAUUACAAGCGACAAGAAGCUGUCCCCCCCAACACCAACUGAAGACGCACCUCCCGUCAACCUGAAAAACAUCCAAAUGCCCAGCGAACCCAAAUACAUACUCGGAGAGAAGAUCGCUACGAGGAAAGCCUAUGGUCUGGCUCUUGAAAAACUUGGCCAUGCCAACAAGCACGUUGUUGUCAUGGACGCAGACACAAAGAAUUCCACCUUUUCUGAGAUUUUCAAGAACAAAUUUCCUGACCGCUAUGUGGAGUGCUACAUCGCAGAGCAGAAUAUGGUGAGCGUAGCAGUGGGCUGUGCAGCUCGUGACCGCAACGUUGUUUUUGCCUCGGCGUUUGCCACAUUCUUCACCCGAGCCUAUGACCAGUUGCGCAUGGCCGCCAUCUCAGAGAGCAACAUCAACCUCUGCGGCUCACACUGUGGCGUUUCCAUCGGAGAGGAUGGUCCCUCUCAGAUGGCGCUGGAAGACUUGGCGAUGUUCAGAGCCAUUCCCACUGCCACCGUGUUCUACCCGAGUGAUGCUGUGUCCACUGAGAAGGCAGUGGAGCUGGCUGCUAACACAAAGGGUAUUUGCUUCAUCCGAACCAGUCGCCCUGAAAAUCCUGUAAUCUACAACAGCAAUGAAGAGUUCCGUGUAGGCCAGGCGAAGGUUGUGUACAAGAACAGCGAAGACCAGGUCACUGUGAUUGGAGCUGCUGUAACUCUGCAUGAGGCUCUUGAUGCAGCUAAGCAGCUGAAGGAAGAGAAAAUAUACAUUCGAGUGAUUGACUUAUUCACUAUUAAACCCCUGGACUCAAAGACAAUUAUUGAAAAUGCCCGGGCCACAGGGGGUCGCAUCAUCACUGUAGAGGACCAUUACUAUGAAGGUGGUCUGGGAGAGGCCGUGUGUUCAGCAGUGGUGAAUGAACCCGACUUCACCGUGGAGCGCCUCGCUGUUUCUCACGUGCCACGCAGCGGGAAACCCAAAGAACUACUCAAACUGUUCAAAAUCGACUCUAAGGCCAUUGUUCAGGCCGUCAAGAAAAUACUCAAUGAUACUGCCAACAAAACAACAAAAUAAAGAGAGCUUGAGAGAGAGAGAGAGAGAGAGAAAGAAAGAAAGAAAAGGCUGUUUAGUAGCUAUAAGUCAUGGAAACUGGAUUUGUGUUAUAAUCAGCUUCAUUUUUUCUGCUGAAUGGUGUGGCAUUGUGACACAACAAACCGUCGUAAAGUUCACAUCACAUUAUUUUAAUCAGCCGCACAUCUAAACAAUCUGGUGCUUUGCGUACUUUCACAAAAACAGCCAGCUACAUUUACUCUCCACUGUUUCAAACAAAUCUUUUGAAUAACAUUUAAAGAUGUGGUUCUGUCGAAAAAGAAUUUAGGUACAGUGACUAUCUCUUGCUCCAACAACAGUACAACUGUACUGAUAACAACUUGCUCCAACAACUGUACAACAGUUAUCAGACGCUUAAGCCAUGAGCAGAGCAGCUGAGUAUGAGAUUAACAUCACACUGAUGGUUAAAAUUUCAGUUGACAUGACUUACUACUACUAGACAUUCCAAAUAAAUAUGAUAACUAAAAAAUUUUUUUAAAAAUUGUUUAUUGUCACUAGCAUGAUUUUAUCCUUUAACACUGGGCAGAUCUUAACAGUGUGAACUCUGAUUUCACUCUGUACUGAACCUGAAUCCAUGAGAAAUCAGUGUUGAGGAAACAAUAAACACAUGCUGGGACGCACACAACAUGAACUCAUUAGAGAUUUUUUCAAAAGCUUUUGAAGGGGAAAUAAAAAGUCAUUUCAUUUGGAAAAGUAUUACUUUAUACAAUAUUGAUAAUGAUGCUAUUUUGAUGGUUAAUAAAAUGCACCCUUUCUUCAUGCAGCGCAAUAAAGACGUGGUUUACUGCA